GUCACUUCCUGUGGGUCCUCAUCGCCGAGGAGAAGAUGGCGGCGCUGGGCGAACCUGUCCGGCUGGAGAGGGAUAUCUGCAGAGCAAUUGAAUUGUUGGAAAAACUACAAAGGAGUGGAGAGGUGCCACCACAGAAACUUCAGGCUUUGCAAAGAGUCCUUCAGAGUGAGUUCUGCAAUGCUGUGAGGGAGGUGUAUGAGCAUGUUUAUGAAACUGUGGACAUCAGUAGCAGCCCUGAAGUGAGAGCUAAUGCAACUGCAAAGGCUACUGUUGCUGCAUUUGCUGCCAGUGAAGGGCACUCCCACCCCCGAGUUGUUGAGUUACCCAAAACAGAAGAAGGCCUUGGAUUCAAUAUCAUGGGAGGCAAAGAACAAAACUCACCAAUCUAUAUCUCACGAAUAAUUCCGGGUGGAAUUGCUGACAGACAUGGGGGCCUCAAGCGAGGAGAUCAGCUACUUUCUGUUAACGGAGUGAGUGUUGAAGGAGAGCAUCAUGAGAAAGCUGUGGAACUACUGAAAGCAGCCCAAGGGAAGGUUAAAUUAGUGGUGCGGUAUACACCAAAGGUCUUGGAAGAAAUGGAAUCACGCUUUGAAAAAAUGAGAUCGGCAAAACGCAGACAACAAACCUAAUCAUUUAAAAACUUUAUGUUCCUCUUUGCUUUUAGCUAGAAAAGAUUUACUUGUGACCUACUGAUGGCCUCAAUGCCAAUGAUUAUAAAACACCAGAAACUUCCGUGAAAUCUUCUUGCCAUUUUAUAAAUGCCUAUUUUAGCAUCACUUACGGUUGUAGAGAAGCAUACACUUUUUUUCUCACGAGAAAAAGUAAAAGGUGAUGAGGGCAGUUCUGUCCUGCUGUUUUUACAGGCCUUUUUCAAAUGCAGAGUUUGUCACAAAGUUGUUAUAGAUUUUUAAAAAUGCUUUUUUAAUAUUAAAAUGUACUUUUACAUUCUUAAUCUUUUUUUAAAAAGAGGUUUCUUCAUUUGGCAACUUAUUUACAGAUAACAGUUCUCCAAUAUUUCCUUUUGCUUAUUGCAAUUUCUUUGUGAAAUUUCUUUUCAGUUUUCCAAGAAAUUAAACCUAGCAGUCUUGCCUUCAGCGGUUUAUGACACUGUUUGUUGGCAUUGCUGCUGCAUUUUGUACUUAGAACAUACAUAAAAUAUCUGUAAUCCGUGGUAAAUCAUAGCUAUCGUGGAACCUUUCUACUUUUAUUUAAACAAUGUAUAUGUAUUCAUUUAUACUGAUUUGUAAAAGUAAGUUUUUAAACACUGAAGCAAUCAUUGAUGAAAUGUGUAUUCUUUCAUAAUAUUUAAGCAGGGAGGUGAGAGGAUGUAAUUUGAUUUUUAGCAUUAAUGACUAAAUCCCUUAUUUAUAUUUAGCACUAUGUCAUAAAUUAUAAAUGCAAACCAGCUCAGAUGUCAACUUUUCAAAUUUUUAUGCUAUUCAUUUGUAUUUAAAUAUAUUUCUCAUAUUUCGGUUCUUCCAUGCCUAGAGAUGAGUCACUUAGUUUGUGCUGAGAGAAAUAGAAGCAAGACAAAGUAAUAACUUCAAGUGUGGUGCCUGAAGAGCCCAGCAUAAUUACUGACCCAGCUUCGGUACCGAUUCAAGACAGGAAGGAAAGACAAGGUUUGUUUAAGAUUUAGAAACAGGCAGCUUCUUAAGUCCCACAAUGAGUGGAGUUCAGAGUGCUUCAUAUCUUUAUGAUCCAAAUAGCAAUGGGAGUUUGAACAAGCUUUUUACCAUUUGUCCACUGGAUGUCACCAUUUUACUAAAAGGCAGCUAUCGUGUGAUUGUGACUAAGUCUUCUAAAAGCUGAAAUCAAAGUUGAUUCAUGUUCAGUCGCAGACUAUAGGAACAUUUCUAAAGGGUUUAAGUGACAAUGUUAAGAAACUAAUGGGUUGAAAUGCAGUAAUUUAUCAUAAUUACAACUUUAUUAUCUUUAUUUUUUCUAAAAAAAUGGGCAUUUUGUAACAUUCCUUCAGGAAGAAUGGAAGUGUGUACGUGUUUUUGCAUGUUUGUGAGCACUGUCAGUCUUACAAGAGAUCUGCAGUUUUCAUUGAUUUUCAGAGUAAAAGUCAAUCAGCAUUGUUAUUUAUCAUUUAGGAAUUGAACACUGGAUUGUGCAUGGUUGAAUGUCUUUAGUCCACUGCAAAAUGUGCUUGAUAUUGAUAGGAUCAUGUUGAAUUGUAUAUUUUCAAAAUUAGCUGAUAUGUUUUUAAAAUGUUGACACCAAAGUAGUAUAGAAGAGUAUGACAUAUUUUAAUUUAAUUGUAAGAUUAUUAGAGGUAUUGUUGUAAAACUCUGUAUUAAAGUUGGUGCAUAUAGAACAGUAA